UGUAAUUUGUCGAAUCAACGAUUGCAAAAUAAAAACUUGUAAGCGGACCAAUAGAUGUUGUAAAAAAGAAAAUUCAUUCUGUUGCAGAAUAAAAUUUCAGGCUAUAUUGAUUUUCAAUCAAUCAAUGACAUAAUGAGUGGCAGACAUCCUUCUAAAAAUUUGGAAUUAUCGUCUCUUGAUAUCAUGUCCUUCAAUUAUGCUUUAAUCAACCGAUGUAGGUUGACGUGGAACGAUAAUUUAGCCGUUUUAAAAAUAUUUCCAGAUCUAAUAGUGGAGAGAUCAUUUUCAUCUUUAAAAAGAAUCCAUACAUAUUGUCGCUCAACUCAAACACAAGAAAGAAUAAACAGCUUAAAUGUAAUAUCAAUAGAAAAAAAAUUGGUUUUCAAAUUAAGAGCAAACAGAAAUAAAUUUUAUGAAGAUGUUAUAAACAAAUUUACUGAGAAAAAGAGAAGAAUCGAAUUUGAAUUCAAAUAA